GCUGACGAAGAUUCAGUCAAUGCUUGUUUACCGUGUGCUUCGGACGUGCUUGUCAUCCCAUGUGUGGCGUUUUUAUCUCUCGGUAUAGUGUAUGGCUAGCAGAAAGCCUGAGAAGCAUCCAAUGAAAAGAGUGAAAAGGUGAAACCUAAUAACAGAAGGAAGUAAUUUUGACCCAUCCAAAUUUUCAUUUCUCGCCCAAGGGGAGGAAGUGAAUUGGUGUGCAAAGUGUUGAACUCGCUUCGAUAGAACACAGCGGAACACGAACAUUAAUAUCGACACGCAAGUAGGCUGCAGAAGCAGUGAAUGGAGAAUCAGUGGGAAGGCGGCAAUGAUGAGGAGUAAAGAGAGGAAAAAUCAAUCGCAGUUGUAGGAACGCGUUAAUGCACACGAAGAAGCCGCCGAAGAAAUGCUGGCACUGUGAAGAUACGAGAAUAAAGUGGGAAUGCCCUCAAAUUUCGUCUGGUCUCGAGUGCUGUAGAGCGGAAGUUCAUAAUUAUCGUUUUUCAGAGAGAGAGAAAUUGGUGGUGAAUUAAGAUUUCAAAAGCCAAUUUCGGAACGGAAGCUGGAAGAAAGCAAACCGCCUGAGAUUAAGUGCUUUCCUCUAGCCUAGCAUCGGAAAAACACCGUGAGAGAAGAAGUCGGUGGCUUAGUGAAGUGUAUGGGCAGCGGGGAUGACCGCAAGGAUUUGCGAAUGGACUCGUGUAAACAUUGUACCGUGCGAGUAUCGUAUCGUAAAAACAAAUAGAUGAAUGGUGUAGCCCGUGUCGUCUGCCCGUUUUGGGAUUAAAAGAUAGGAAGGAAACCCGAAAAGCAAGAACCAAAACCAACCGCAAAAAAGGAUUAUGAAAUAUUCAAUUUCCGAGUAGUUUUUUCGGUGCUUUUGUGGUUGGCCAGAAACAAUUGGCCAAACGUUCUCACGCAUAUAAACAUAGUGGUGUGUGAUCCAGGAGAGACGGAGUUGCUGACCAUUAAACCGUUUGCGCGAGGAUCUCACAGCCGAGCCGCCUCCCGAACGUAUUACGUAAUAAAUUUUCGUAUGAGGCACACACAUAACAAGGAUUAAAUUGGAUUUAUUACCAGUGAAUAAAAAAUAGAUUUAUGAAUCAAAUUGAUUUUUUAUGAUUUUUGCCUCUCCGUUGUGAAUGGGUGUGAAAAGAUUGGAUACACGCAAAACAGCCGAAGAAAGGUGAACACAGUGCAUCAGAAUAAUACCCAGUUAUUGAAGAGGGCCACCGUUUUGUCGUGUAGUAAAGUGUUCAUGGUUAAUCCGUAUUUCCUAGUGUGGGAGGUAAAGACCGUGGGGAAAUUGUUCCGAGCAAAAUCAAUUAUGUGAGACGGGAUAGCCGAAUGAAAACCUAGACGACUAAGCAAAUGAGGUGGAAAAGCGAAAAUUACUAGUGUUCGUUAAAAAGAAACGAAAGAAGGAUAAAGAACACCCACUCUAAUGAAAAAUGUGCGCUCUGAUCAGGCCUGUGGAUAGUGAAACAACGGACUCCGUAUAGAAAGAACGAUAUGAAAAGUCUUAAACCUUAAAUCAGUGCUUCGGAGCAGCUCCAACAUAGACCGCCCCCUCGGAUUAAAUGUGAUUAAGAAGGUUACGUCGAUAAACUGGAUCAUAAACCCUGUCGAGAAAUAAGACAGAGAAGAAGAACAAGAAGAGUCUACGUGGAACGAACGGAACGUUUGUGAGACCAUCGUGAGUGUUAACGUUGUGCGGCCGAUGUUACCAACUGGACGAACUAAACGAUCAAAGGCGAAAAUUAUAUAAUCCUCCUGGUAAUAAGCUUAAUAAUUUGUAAUCCUCGUCGCGUUCAAAGGACAGAACGACCAAGGGCAUUGUGCACAAUUAUCAUGCUCUGAGACCGAUUAUCUAGAUCACGUACCUUCAAUCCCUUGUCAGUGAAUGGUGGAGACGAGAGCUGGCAGCUGACUAAAUCCAAAAAUCCUUUUUACUCGCUCGAAUCCGGUGCCUGCAGAACGAAGGAAACUCGCCUAAUUCCUUUGGAUAACUGCGAUAAGGACGACCGGAGACCACCGACACGCAAAGCAAACACAGAUGAAAGUCUUUGCUUUGCAUCAUCGUUAGUCGUUGCGUACGAGUUGGAGGGCAGACUAUGAUAGUGCCUCCCUUGUCACGAGAACCAACAGCAAAAUCGAGAUUGAUGGUGGCACAUCCCAUGCUACUAGCAUUUGGCACAAUCUGUCGGUACUGACUAACCUCAUCCCCAAAAAACUGAAAGCUCAAUUCAGUUCAUAUGCACCGAAUAGCAUCGUCCAGUCGAACCACUAAAGAACAACAACAGCAAAAACCGUAACACAUCAAACACCCCGGUGAUCUCUUUAUUCGUCAUCAUCAACAACGAAGAAGCUCGGUCACAAACGCAAAUCAUGACCACACAACGACGGUGGCACUGCAGCACUUCUAGCAGGAGUAAAUCGACGACUAUGGCACCACAGCCGGACAUCAUUAGCACAGGCCGGACGAAAUCGCACUCUCAUCGUACGAAAACAUCAACAUCCUCAAUCUCGUCCAUCAUCUCAAGUGGUGCUUUUGCGGUGGUACUGAUUCUGCUGACCACAUGCAUUGUCCGGACGGGUGCCGAACGAAGUUGUCCAGCAGUGUGCCAAUGCAAGUGGAAAGGCGGAAAACAGGCGGUAGAAUGUAUCGAUAAGCAACUAAUUUUCAUUCCAACCCAUAUUGACCACACCACGCAGGUACUCGAUAUGUCCGGCAACAAUCUGCAGAUUCUGCCCAAGGAAGUUUUUAGCAAAGCAAAUCUGCUAAAUCUCCAAAAACUGUUCUUGCGAAAUUGUCGCAUCGGGCAGAUUGACGAUGGUGCUUUCGCUGGGUUGACAAAUCUGGUUGAAGUGGAUCUGUCACUCAACCUGCUUACGGCAGUUCCCACGGCAGCAUUUCAAUUCAUACCAUCACUCAGAGAUCUAACGCUUGCUCGGAAUCACAUACAGAAAAUCGAAUCGCACGCUUUUAGAAACGUUACCAGCCUUACCAAGCUGGACCUGGCAUACUGUGAGAUUCAAACCAUCGCACCGCAAGCAUUUGAAGGGCUGACCUCACUUCACGCACUCAAACUCAACGGUAAUCAGUUAUCAGAACUACGGCCUAAAACAAUCGAAACACUGAAUAAACUCCACGGAGUUGAGCUACACGAAAAUCCGUGGGUUUGUGACUGUAGAUUACGAGCAGCCAAGGUUUGGCUGACUGAAAAUAAGAUCCCUUACACAAUUCCUCCAGUGUGCGCAGGAGGACCUGAACGUAUCAUUGGAAAAUCAUUCUACGAACUCCAGGUAGAUGAUUUUGCUUGCAAACCGGAGAUGCUUCCAGUUCGAAGAUAUAUUCAAGCUUUUUCCGGUGAAAAUGCAAGCAUCGAGUGCAGAACUAGUGCCGUUCCAUCUGCCAACGUCAAUUGGUACUGGAACGGAAAGCUGCUGCAUAACAAUUCGCAGUUCAGCUCUCAUCAGAGAGUAUACGUAUACGAGCAAGGUAACUUUGAAAAGCGUAGCCGUCUGGUACUAACCAACGCCCAAGAAACGGACUCAAAUGAGUUUUAUUGUGUAGUAGAGAACCGAGCCGGAACUGCCGAAGCAAACUUUACCCUGCAUGUGGUAGUGCGCGAUAUUGGCUUCGCGAUCGAAAAUAAGCAAAUUAUUGGCCUGAGUGCAGCCUUGGUGAUCCUGAUAUUAUUCAUACUGUUGAUUAUACUAUUCCUGUUGGUACGGCUGCGGCGAAUACCGAUGCCGGACACGAAAACUCCGAAUCAGGUCGAGGUGAUCACUUCUGUAAGUCCUUCUAGUAAUGUAAAUGGCAAGGUGAGCACACCUAUUAAUGAUGUCCAUUCUCCAGAUCGAAAAAACUCCGGCGAUCUAAAGUGCGCCAAUCCAGUGCAGAAACCUCCUCGGUUGACUGAUCUGCCCUACUCGACGUCCCAUUACGACGCCGGUGGCAGUUUGAUCGCUUCCGGAAACUGUUUCGUGUCGCCAACACAUUCGUCCGCUGGGAAUAACCCAGAUUUGAUCAACGACACGAAACGCCUCGGCAGUAUUAGCGAUCUGGCCAAUUCUGGUGGAGGGCCGGGACUGCUCGACAACACUACCGCCAUCAACAGUGCCGCAAAUGCAUCUCUUUCGGCCAACGUAGUUAGUGCGCUCAAUACUCUUUCGUUGAUGGACCCCAUCGAGCGACCUGGCAGUGGCGAAUACAGUCGAGCUGGCUGUGAUUCACUGUAUCCGUCCGGUCUUUGGGAAACGCACAGCUCCAAUCUUACGUCAGCUCUGGAGCAAACUAGUGAUAUGCUGCUAGCGCGAGCUUCCGGUCCCACGAUUGCUAGCGGAGGCUACACAGCAUAUUCGGACAAGAUUCCCAUCAUUGGUGCUAAUAACAAUAUGAUGAACUUGGACGACGAAACUUCAUCGGUGGACUAUCUGAGUCGGACGUUUCCGCGGACGCACUUUGGUGGCAGUGGAACCAUCGGCGGAGGAGGAAGCAGCAGUGGGUCCAGUGUGGCAGGUGCAGUAGGAGGAAUCCCCACAGCUGCCACUAUCGGUGGUUCCAACGCUACCAGCGGCGGUGGAUAUCCUUCUGACUACGGACUGCCGAUCGUUCCGGGAGCCGAGCAGUUGCACAACAAACUCAGCAGUAUACAGCCGGCACAUCAUGGCAGCACCGGGAGCAUGCCGAUGAACGCGAAGACGCUCCGAGUGUGGCAAAAAGGCGGCGUACCGGUGCUGCCACCAGUGACGGCCUUGAAACGUGCAUUAUCCAAUAGUCGGAACUCCCCAGACGAGGGCUACCAGGAAGGAUGCGGUACUGAUGUGUAGUCAAUUUUUUAAAGUUUUCGUUUUUAAGCGUGUGAUAUGAACGAACGAUUGAAAAGAGAGUUUAUUGUUUAUUUUGUAUACAUUUUUCACUCACACGAGCGCGCGGUUGUUUGAUUAAAAAUUCCCUGGUUGGAAACACAAGGCUGAGCAGCGAGCAAAGUUUUCACCAAGUUUUCCUUAUCGGGGUUGUCGACUGAGUAUAACUAGUAAAUGUUGUAAACACAAAACAUGAGAUGUUGUCUGAAGACAAACGCAAGUGUACGUACGAAUCUCGAGGCUCGCAUUCAGAAGGAUUAUGUAAAAAGGGCGAACGAAGGAAGCCCUCUCAAAGGUCAUCCUCUCCUGAAAAUGAAAAAGACUUGUAAUUUAAUUAAAACAGACGGUAAUUAAAUAGGUGUACAGAAAUGAAAACUAGUUUAUAUAAUUAUAGCGAAUGAAUAAAUUAUAUAUACACAUCCAAGAAAAAAUGAAAAAAUAAAAAAGUAUAUAAAUGGUUAAAUUGGAAAAAAUCGAGGGAAAACAGAAAAAAAAAUCUAGGCUAGUUUUAUAUAUGAAAAAGGAAAAAAAGGAAAACCUGUAAAAAGUUAAUUAAAAUUAAAAAACGAAAAAGAAAUACGAAGAAAACAUCCGGAGGAAAGUUGAAACCAAAGACUUUGACAUGCAAUGAAGAAUUUUCUCCUGGGUUCUUCGGUGGAUCUCGCAAGAAAAGCAAGCAAAUGAUGUAAAACAGUAAACAAUUGUGAAAAAGAGAGGGAAUGCUAGUACGGAGCGAAAAACCUACAUACCUUAGUAAACGCUCUUUUAGGAAGGAAAGAGAAAUAAAGCAAAAAAAAAUACAAAAGUAAAAGAAAUUGAAAAUG